UGGGGAUUUGCCUUUCCACGGGAUUCACCUCUAGCAAUAGACAUGUCAACUGCCAUUUUAAAACUGUCGGAGAACGGAGACCUUCAGAGAAUCCAUGAUAAAUGGCUUAUGAGAAGUGCAUGCACUAAACAAGGCACAAAGUUUGAAGUGGAUCGCCUUCAGCUUAAGAGCUUCUGGGGCCUUUUUGCCAUAUGUGGGACUGCUUGCUUGCUUGCUCUCAUUGUAUAUUUGUUUCUGAUGAUGCGCCAGUUCAGCAGGCACUAUCCAGAGGAACUUAAGCCUCCUGGUUCAAGCUCAGGGUCUAAACGUCUUCGAACAUUUCUUAGUUUUGCUGAUGAAAAGGUAGAGGAUGUUAAAAGCCGCUCCAAGAGAAGGCAAAUGGAGAAGAACUCAAACAGAAGUGUAGCUACUGAAGAUGAAUCAAUCGACAGUUACAAGAGAAGACAUUUGGAUUUAUCAUCUUCAAAUAAGAGUCUUGAUAGUUGCAAUGAAACCUAAAUAUAUCCACCUUCUGUACCUACUUUUACACAAUUACAUAUUCUUAAUAGACUUCCAAUUCAUUUCCUUCUAGCUAUUAUCAUAGAAGGAAACUGUCGUAUUCCCAUCAAACCAGGGGACUACCACCAGGUUCAGAUCUCUAUAUAUCACCCAAAUUUGAAUUUGAAUUCAAAAUAAACUUCAAUCAAUUUAGAAUAUCAAACAUAUAUUUUUCUCUUUA